CUGCUAAUUGAGCGUGGUGCAACAGUUGACGCAAGAACUAAGAUACUACGUACUGCACUUCACAGGGCUGCAGAUAGUGGACACAAAGAAGUAGUAAACCUGCUAAUCGAGCGUGGUGCGACUGUUGACGCAAGAGACGUGAAUUCGGAUACCCCACUUCACUUGGCUGCAAAUAGUGGACACAAAGAAAUAUUAAACCUGCUGAUUAACCGUGGUGCGACUGUAGAAGCUACUAAUAUGAACGGCGAAACUCCCUUAUUACUAGCUGUG